UAAAAUAGAAAAACUCAAACUCAUUUUUGCGCUUGAAUUGCUUGGUAGGGUUUAAACUUUGCAGUGAGUGUGGCAUCUCUUUCUCCACUGCUGCUCCAAUCAUCCCUAAAUGGCUUCCUCCAAAUCCCUAAUUCGCUGUGGGGCUUCAAUGGCAACGCGCUUCCUCGGCCGGCCUUUCCACAAUACCCCGAUUCCUUUUCUUUCUCCGAAGCAUGAAUUGAUCGCGGCGCCCAAAAUACUCCCCCUUCUGUUUGUUCCCCAAUCUCAAAAAAUGGCGCCUUUCUACUCCCCGCCGCAGCCUCAGAACGACGUUGACUUUCUCAUAAAGCUCAGCUCCCAAGGAUUCCUCUAUCCUUCUGGCUUGCCUUCUCUCCCCUUGUUGCUUCCCGAAGGAGACGAAUCUUCAUCGAGUGAGCCUAUGAUUUGUCACACAAAGAGGACAUACCAACCAAGUAACAUCAGGCGCAAAAGGGUUCAUGGAUUCUUCGCUAGGAAAUCCACCAAGGGUGGCCAAAGAGUCAUUUCCCGACGAGUUGCAAAGGGUCGGUAUAGAAUCACAGCAUGAUCAAAAUUCUAGCAAGUUCUGGGUGAUAUGAUCAAAAAAAGCGGAGGCAUUUUGAGGGCAAAAAAAUGGAUUCGGGGCUGGCGAUUUUGGUGCUCAUUGAUGCGUUACUGUUUAGCAUACUUAUAAAAUGUAAUGGAGUUUCAGUUUUCCAAGUACCGAAUUUUAUGUGUGUAUUGUGGGAUGAACAACAAUUAUGUUUAGUUUGAUAUUAUUAAUAUUUUUUUAUAAAGAAAAUGUUGAUUUAAGUUCUGAAUU